AUGCUCAGGGCUGCGGUGGUCUCUGGCGACACGGCGUCGGUGGAGGUGGUUCUGGAGGAUAGCGGGCACACGCAGAUCCAUCCGGUGGAUUCCCACGUGCUGGGUGCCGGGCAAGCAGCCAGCUACAUUCUCGAGGCCGGUGGCGGCUUGUGGUUGUCCUUUCACAGGGAACACCGCGAGGCAAUGGGCGCAGGCUGUGCAGCUUUCGAGCUGCUCUUGCAGACGGCGCCUUUGCAGGACGUGGUGAAGAUGAGCAGCUGCGGGGCGCAGCACAGCAGCCUGGAGGAGUUGGUGCUCAAGGCGCUGCAGCACUUCGGCAGCUCCACGGUGGCCUCGGCGGAGGCCAAGGUCCUCACAGGGCCGGUGGGCGGCAACAGCGCGGCCUUGCAUGUGGCUCUACCGGAGCCCUCCCUGCUGGAAGUUGAGGUGCAGUUCAACUUCAUGCUCUCCAACAUCCACAUUUGGCUGGACGUGAGAGCGGGUGCGGGCGGGGGCCCCGCGCUGGCGCUGGGCCCCACUGUGAGCGCUCAGGGCCUCGCCAGCGCAGAGAAGAACACCCGGGCGGUGCUGCGGCUCCGCCUCGGCGCAGGCGAACACCUGCUGAGAAUACGUCAUGACCCGGCCUUUCCGAAGGAGGGCGGCCCGGUGAAGAUCGUGGUGGCGGGCGGCAGCUGCGCCCCGCUGGCGCUGAAGCUGCGCCGGGCGCCGCUGCGGAAGCGCCUGCCGAUAGUGGACGUGCCAGCGGCGCCGGUGACGCCGGGCGCGGAUCUGGUGCUGCAGGUCUCCACGGCCAGCGGGGCGCUGGACCUCUCCAGCGAGCCCAGCCUGGGGAACCUGCCCCCCGCGGCGGCGGCGCAGGCGGCAGGCGCGCUGACGCUGGCCUGGCCGUCCCAAAGCCUGGCGCGGGCUGAGGGGCGCUUGGUGCCAGCGCAAGAUGGCUUCAGCCGGAUCUGGGCCUUGCCGCUGCGCUUCGAAGGAGGCGAGGCUGGGGAGGUCUGGCUGGCGCUGGACGCCUUAGGCUCUGGCCGGCCCUGGGCGGGGGAAACCGCCGGGGCGGCGAGCCCGGCGGCGCCGCCGCGGGCGUGGCCGGCGCCCAACGAGGAGCUGCCGCUGCCACUGCCCAGCGCCGGAAGGGCGGAAGCGCUUCUCGCCCUGCCCGCUUCGCCGCCGAACGGCGGCGGCAUCUUCACCUCGCGACUGCUGGGCUGGGCGGCCGUCUUGGCAUUGCUCGCCUACUACACGCAGAACUCUGCGUGGCUGAAAGCGGCGCUUUGGCGAGCCGGGCUCCAGCGGAGGUCUUUCAGCCAACAGCUGGCUGCGGCGGAGAUGACCUCCCCGUGGUCUUGGCCCAGGGACGCUUCUUCCGCCCGCGACUCGCGGGACGCCGACGGGGUCGCCGCGAGCGCGACCGCGCGCUCGGCGCGGAUGUAUGGCACGCUGGACCUGUGA